AAGAAGCAGCUGAGCAGUUUGGCUUACCACAGAAUUAUGGUUCGACUGACAACAGACCUAAUUGCUAAAAGCAUCGGUCGCAAGCAUCACAAUGAAGAGCACUUGGCACAGUACCUGCGAAAAAUAACUCACCUGAAUCUAUCAGAUAAAAACAUAGAUGCAAUUGGUGACCUCUCUGUGUGUAAAAAUCUUAGAGUUCUCUAUUUGUAUGAUAACCAAAUCAGUCAAAUCCAGAACUUGGACUUUGCUUCAAACGUGACACACCUUUACCUUCAGAACAAUUGUAUUUCGUGUAUGGAAAAUCUCUCACCACUGAAAAACCUUGAAAAACUGUAUUUAGGGGGCAACUGCAUCACUGUAGUAGAGGGUUUGGAAAAAACAGAAAAACUAAAGGAGCUGCAUAUUGAAAGUCAACACCUCCCUCUCAGUGAAAAGCUUCUGUUUGAUCCAAGAUCUCUUGGGUCCUUGGCAAAAUCUUUGUCUGUAUUGAAUAUCAGCAAUAACAACAUUGAUGAAUUAGAAGAACUAUCAGUUUUGGAAAAUCUUUCUUAUCUUACAGCAGCUGACAAUCAACUUCAGCACAUGAAGGAUUUGGAGGUUGUACUAAGCAAGUGGACGAAGCUGCGCAGAAUGGAUCUUACAGGAAACCCCAUCUGCCACAAACCAAAGUACAGGGACAGGAUUAUAAUAAUGUCACAGACUUUAGAAUCCCUUGAUGGGAAGGAAAUUAAAGAAAUGGAAAGGCAGUUUCUAAUUAACUGGAAUGCCUCCAAAGCUGCCAAGAAGAAAAAAGGAGAAACAAUGACAAAUGAACAUGCAGCCUAUCUGCAUUUUUCUGACUUUAAAACGCAUCCGAUUCUUCCCUUCCACUACAGUCACUCAGGGAAAGAAAAACCAAAUUUUUUAGCUUUGUCUGACAUGCAAAAAGUUGAAAGAAUAUCUCUGCCAAGAACCCUGGAAAAAAAAUAA